GGCCUCGAGCCCGGGGUGGGAGGGAGGGGUCUCUCCCCACUUCCCCUUCUCCGCCAUCUUGAGUGUGGCGCCAAAUGACACAAGAAGACCGCCACCACCCCCAGCAGCAGCGCAGAGCGCCACACUUCCGGACCCCCUUUUUACCACCUCCCCAAAAAAAAAUGGGGCUCUGUAAGUGCCCCAAACGCAAAGUGACGAAUCUCUUCUGCUUUGAGCAUCGGGUUAACGUCUGUGAGAGCUGCCUCGUUUCUGGCCAUCAAAAGUGCAUCGUUCAGUCGUACCUCCAAUGGCUCCAAGACAGCGACUACAGCCCCGACUGCCCCCUGUGCCGCUGCCCUUUGGCCGCUCGCGACACCGUCCGCCUCGUCUGCUACGGUGGGGGGGGGGGGGGGGGCAAAAAAUGGGCGGCCCCAUAG